AAGAAACACCGAAAUCACAAGAAAUAAGCGGCGCCUCGACUCGACGUGAUCUUUUAGUAGUUAACCAUCAAACUUUCCCUUACCCUUAAACCUUUUUAUUUCUGAAAUCAAAUCUCUCCAUCUCAUCCAAAUAUCUUUGUAUUAAUAAUAAUAAUAAUAGUCGUAUUACGAAAGGAUUCUUACCAUUUUAAGAAUUAGAGAUUUUACCAAAGAUUGAUUAUCCAUUAUUUUAUUUUUAUUUAAUCAAAUUGGUAUUGGGGAUAAUGACGUCGGAAAAAGUUAGUUCGGAUCUCUCCACGAUUAUGCCUAGGGUUCUCAUUGUCUCUCGCCGUACUGUGCGCAAGAACAAGUUCGUCGACUUUGUCGGGGAAUACCAUCUAGACCUUAUAGUAAGCUAUGGAGCAGUCCCGGUAAUUGUCCCAAGAGUUAGUGGUGUUUCUGCGCUACUUGAAAGCUUUGAGCCAAUCCAUGGAGUACUUCUAUGCGAAGGCGAAGAUAUAGAUCCCUCUCACUAUGAAUCCGAGUUAUCAAACUUCACAGCUGAAGAACUGGAAGAGAUAAGACGAGUACACGCAAGCGACACAACCAUCGAUCAAGAGAAAGACUCAAUCGAGCUAGCCCUUGCAAAACUUUGUCUUGAAAGGAACAUACCUUACUUAGGAAUAUGCAGGGGAUCACAAGUCCUAAACGUAGCUUGUGGUGGUACUCUUUACCAAGAUGUAGAGAAAGAACUCCCUAAGAAAUUCCCUGAUUGCCAAAGAGUAUCCCAUAUUAAUUAUGAUGACUAUGAUGGUCAUAGGCACGCGGUGAAGGUGGUGGAGAAUACACCUAUACAUGAUUGGUUUAAGGAAUCUUUGGAUGAGAAUAGCAUGGAGAUUUUAGUUAAUAGCUAUCAUCAUCAAGGUGUUAAAAAGUUGGCUCAGAGAUUUGUGCCUAUGGCUUUUGCUCCUGAUGGUUUGACUGAAGGCUUCUACGAUCCUGAUGCUUAUAAUCCAGAAGAGGGAAAAUUUAUUAUGGGAUUGCAAUUUCAUCCAGAGCGAAUGCGACAUCCUUGCUCCGAAGAAUUUGAUUACCCUGGUUGUCCUUUUGCUUAUAAGGAAUUUGUCAAGGCUGUAAUAGCUUAUCAGAAGAAGCUAAGCAGUCAAUCAAGCGUGCCAAAGGGUCCAAAGCUUAAUAAAGAGCAGGAGACCAAGAGAAGAAUGAUAGUCAAAAGCUUCUCAAUUGCAAAGGACAUGUAUAUAGCAGGACGGAGCUCUACUGUUUCUGUUAAGGAAUCAGAACUUGAACCAGGCGCGGUUUUCCUUGAGGAAAAUACAGCGUUCAGUGUAUUGAGUUUACAGCAGGAACACAGGCUAAGGCAGAUGGGAGCAACUGUGAGGAAUGGUUAUAGUUAUAAGAAGUUGAAGAUGAAGGAUGAGAGAGAGAAAGUGACAAGGUCUAUUAUAGGGAAAAUGUCAAUAGAACAGUUAACAGAUAUGAUGUCCUUUUACUACAUGAUGGGCCAGAUUUGUUCUGAGGUUUUGGAGACUAAGCUCAAAACACCUUGAAUUGCUCCAUAACAAUCAUAAAUCUAUAGAUUCUUACUUAGUUCAGGACAUGUAAUUUUUUAUUUAUUUUUUUCUUAAGGGCCAAGUCUCGAAUUUCAUGAUUGCUAUUUUGAAUUACUUCGUGCCUAGUCUCGAGUAAUCAUAAAUCUAUCCCAAAGAUGGAGAAUUUGACAAUAUAAACUAUUUUUUCAAAAAUCUUUAUAACAUAAGAUUAGAAUCUAAUAUCUAAUAUAGUAUAUAUAGAUAAAGGAGGCAUAUUU